CAAUCAAAUGGAGAUAGACGCAAGAUAGAGCUCGGCGGCCACUUGUGUCUCGCCCCUGACUCAGCUGAUUGUCAGUACCAGCGCACCGGCCGGCCAGCCAGCGACGCCCUCCAAAGCCUCCACAGCCACUCUCUCUUGCAUCUUCAAGACACAGUAACCAUGGCUCCUCCAGAAAGUCUUGCCAAAGUGUUCAAAUAUGUUGAUGAUAACAAAACACGGUUUAUUGAUGUACUGCGUGAGGCUGUUGCCAUCAAGUCAGUGUCUGCUUGGCCACAGAAGCGUGGCGAGAUAGUCCGUCAAAUGGAAUGGGCAAAAGCAAAGCUGGAGGCUCUUGGUGCGACUUGUGCUCUUCAUGACAUCGGCAUGCAGACAUGUCCAGAUGGCAAGAAAAUUCCUUUGCCUCCCGUAUUACUUGGCCAGCUGGGAACUGACCCAAAGAAGAAAACUGUGUGUGUGUAUGGCCACCUUGACGUUCAGCCAGCCCUGAAGGAAGAUGGAUGGGACACCGAGCCCUUUGUACUGAUUGAGAAGGAUGAGAAGCUGUAUGGCAGAGGUUCAACUGAUGAUAAGGGACCAGUCAUUGGUUGGAUACAUGCCAUAGAAGCUUUCCAGAAGAAUGGUCUGGAUGUUCCUGUCAAUGUUAAGUUUGUAUUUGAAGGCAUGGAAGAAUCAGGAUCAGAAGGGCUAGAAGAAUUGCUCAAAGCUCAGAAGGACAAGUUUUUGGCAGGCACUGACUUUGUUUGCAUCUCAGACAACUACUGGCUGGGCAAGAAUAAACCAUGCAUCACUUAUGGUUUGCGUGGAAUUUGCUACUUCUGCAUUGAGGUUUGUGGAGCAUGGAUUCUAAAUUUUCUAAACAUUGGAGGCACUGUUCAUGAGGCCAUGGCUGAUCUCAUCUACCUCAUGAAUACACUUCUUGAUAACAAAGGCAACAUUCUUAUUCCAGGUUUGAUGGAUGAAGUUGCACCAUUGACAUCAGAGGAAGAAAAACUAUAUGCCGACAUUGACUUCGAUGUGGAAGACUAUCGCAGGGACUUGGGUCAUGAUCGUCUUGUUCAUCACCAAGAUAAGAUCAAGACCUUGAUGGCACGGUGGAGGAACCCAUCCCUCUCCCUGCACGGCAUUGAAGGUGCAUUCAGUGAGCCUGGAGCCAAGACAGUCAUUCCUAGGAAAGUCAUUGGCAAAUUCAGCAUUCGCAUUGUGCCAAACCAAACUCCAGAAACAGUCAGCAAAGUAACUGUUGACUACCUGAACAAACAGUGGGAGAAACGAGGCAGUCCAAACAAGAUGAAGGCUGCUUUCUACCAUGGUGGCCGAUGUUGGAUGUCAGACCCAAACCACUCCAAUUAUGAGGCUGGGCGUCGGGCCACCAAGUUGGUGUAUGGGGUAGAACCAGACAUGACUCGUGAAGGGGGAUCCAUUCCAGUCACGCUGGUGCUACAGGAGGUAACUGGCAAGAAUGUGAUGCUGUUGCCCAUGGGAGCUUGUGAUGAUGGUGCCCAUUCCCAGAAUGAGAAAAUCAAUAUUCGCAAUUACAUUGAAGGAACUAAACUGCUGGCUGCCUACCUUCAUGAAGUUGCCAGUGUUUGAUGCAUUCAACUAGAUUUUGAAAUAAAUUCUCAUGCUACCUAUUGUAUCCUGAAAUUAUUUUCUGAUUUUUAUUAAUUCCAUGUUGGUUAGCAAGCAGAGCUAUGGAAGGUGGAGUGGUAUUGCUUCAGGAUGACUUAAUUUACAGUUCUCAGCCAUAAAGCUCAGACUGUCAUGGUUGUGCCUUACAUUUAUAAACAGUUUGCCAAAU